AUGCCUAGAGAACAUCGGCCCUUCGGUGUCUUGCACGAGGACGACGUGGACCCGUUGCAAGAAUCCGGAUAUGGCUCCCUUCUCCCUCCUCUCUCAGUACUUUCCAGUACCUCGAGUUCUUCUCGCGGUCACCUCGACAUCCGCCCAGUGCCUCACAGCGAAUUGGCCAUUAUGAGGAGGUACUCAUCCGGUACCCUUGCAGCAUCGAGGCCACCAUCUCCUACGUAUCCAGAGACGUCUGCAAAAAACCAUCUGCGCUCUUGCAGGCAGACCAUCGAUUAUUCUGCAUCAGAUGAUGCCACAGGUCUUUGGCCUCUGAGCUGGUCAGCUCACGAUCUGGUAAUGUUUGGCCGCGGCAAGCGCGUGCAUUACAAGAAUGUCGGGUCCAAUGCCAACAACGACGUUGGCCAACUUUGCAAGAUAAAGGACGCGCACGGGUAUCUGCAUUUGCUUCAAUGUGGCGGAAAAGACCAGGUGAACAUGGUGGCAGUGUGCACGUCGAAAGGCCAUCUGCAGCUGUGGGACGUGCCGACGAAGAAAAUGAUCAGAAGCUGGAGUACGAAAGGCGUUUCAGCAAUGCGAUGGAAUACUGCUGUACUCACGGUGGGCGGCCUCAGAGGAGCAAUCCGCCACUUCGAUACCCGAGUCAAAGAGUCCUCUAAGAUGAAAGAGCAAGCGAAGAAAGUUACGCGCCAUCAGGCGAAGAUCUGCAGCUUAGCUUGGAGCGAAGGGGGGAAGUUGUUUGCCAGUGGUGACGAAGCUGGAUUGGUCCACAUUUGGGACGUCAGGAAGAACGUUCCUCUGGACGUAGGCGACCUUGUCCAGCGACGAAAAAGAAUGCUACAUGCCGGGCCCGUGCAGGCCCUUGCAUGGUGCCCCUGGCAAACGAAGAUCCUUGCUAGCGGCGACGCCGCACCGGACGGCAACAAUGUUGUGCGUAUCUGGAACGUCGAGAACAUGAACGAUUCGUCACCCAGCCGCCUGUCGCGUUAUCCUGAUCGGCUUGAAGUUGACGCGCAAGUCACGUCGCUCCACUUUUCGACGCAGUGCAAGGAGCUGGUGAGCACGCACGGGCCAGGAAAGGUGACGCCAUCGCCUCAACCUGCCCAGCCAAACCAGCGGAAUGACCUGAAUACCUCCACUGAACUUGGCACGUCGAAGAUUUCGAAUUCCGUGGUUGUACGCUCUUAUCCCACCCUUCGAGACGUGGUUACCAAGAUGGCCGGCACGAAGGGCAUCGCAGGCAGCGUUCUAAGCCCAAAUGGCCAGAGGAUCGCUCUUGCAGUGCCAGAGAAAAAUCUCAUCGAGAUAUGGGAUAUAUGGGGCAAACAAAUCCCGUUGAGGCGCACCGCGAGCCUCACAGAUAUGCAUACCACCAGCAUUCGGUGA